GCCUGCCCGCCGCUGAGGGGCGGGUGGCCGCGACCGCCCCCACCUCGUCCCCUCAGGUGGCGGAGGGAGGUGGGGGGGUGCGCGCGGAGCGUAACGGCCGCGGCCCCACCCCCGCGGGGCGGGUCAGAGCGGGAGCAGGAGGCUCGGGGUGGGAGCGCGAGGCUCGGGGCAGCGCGGGCUCAGCUGUGAGGGGGCGGCGGCCAUGGCAGACCACGAAGCGGGGGUCCCGCCUAAGUCUCGGCGGGUGCAAGAUGACCCUGAUACUGGCCUCGGUGUGUGUGGAUGGAUCCUGGUGAUCACGUCACUUAUUUUCACUGUUAUUACAUUUCCUAUAUCAAUCUGGAUGUGCAUAAAGAUUAUAAAGGAAUAUGAGCGAGCCAUCAUAUUCAGACUUGGACGCAUCCUAAAAGGGGGAGCAAAGGGACCGGGUUUGUUUUUUGUCCUGCCCUGCACAGACAGCUUCAUCAAGGUUGAUAUGAGGACUAUCUCUUUUGAUAUUCCUCCCCAAGAGAUCUUGACCAAGGACUCUGUGACGGUUAACGUGGAUGGAGUGGUUUAUUACAGAGUUCAGAAUGCCACCCUUGCUGUAGCAAAUAUCACAAAUGCUGACUCAGCCACCCGUCUUUUAGCACAGACUACUUUGAGGAAUGUUCUGGGGACCAAAAACCUUUCUCAGAUUCUCUCUGAUCGUGAAGAAAUUGCACACAGCAUGCAGGCCACCCUUGAUGAGGCAACAGAUGAUUGGGGCAUUAAGGUGGAACGUGUGGAGAUCAAGGAUGUGAAAUUACCUGUCCAGCUGCAGAGAGCAAUGGCUGCAGAAGCAGAAGCUGCCCGGGAGGCAAGAGCUAAGGUAAUUGCAGCUGAGGGUGAAAUGAAUGCUUCCAGGGCCCUGAAAGAGGCAUCCAUGGUUAUUACAGAGUCCCCUGCUGCUCUUCAGCUUCGUUAUUUGCAGACCUUGACCACCAUUGCUGCGGAAAAGAACUCUACCAUCGUCUUCCCGUUGCCCAUCGAUAUGCUGCAGGGCAUCAUAGGUGUAAAUCGCUAGGUAGUGUAGGGUGACAGAGUUUGGGGUGGGGUUUUUUGCUACAGCGAAUCUUUGCAAUGCUGAAUUCCCUGUGUAUUAUAGCUUAUGGUGGUGUUAACAAAGUGUGGAUUUGCUGAGGAACCACUCUUGUUAUACCAAGUGUGUUAUAAAACUUAUAUGUAAUGGUUUUGAGUAUGGACAAUCAAAAUAUUUUAAAUUUGAAAACCUCUCAAAAUGAGUACAAGCAGGUUGUGAUGUCAAAUGAGCGUGUGUCUAUACUUUCCUGGAUGGGACACCUUUAAUCUAUAAGCUCCGAUUUUCAAAUAGUAUAUUAAAACCAUCUGUGGUGAAGAUGAGAUGAUCCAACAUCAUAAAUAAAUGGUUCUGUAGCCCCGCAAGGGAAGCGGAACAGCACUAACUGUAUUCUCUUGAAGCGUAGCUAUAUGUGAUGAAGUCAGAUUGUUGUCAUGGGGACUGGUUCUCCGGCUUACACAAGGAAAAGUGAUGGCAGUUGAUACAGGAGUGAGAAUACUCUACUGGCUUCUUCUGAAAAUCAGGCUCAUACUCCCUAAAAUCCCCCAUUCACGAGAAACAGUUGUUGGUGGAACUUUCCAUCUCUGUUCUGCCACACAGCAAUAGGAUAAACACGCCAUAGUUGUGGAUACAAUACGCUUGCAGUCACCACUGGGCUGUUCUCUUGUGAUGGUGGUGUGCCUGUAUAGAGUUACGCUUCUUUAAAGCACUGAAAAGUAAGUUGUUGGAUGCCUUUAUCUGUCUCUCUCAAGGAUUUUAAAAAGCCAAAGUACUGACUCCUGCAUUUUAUCCAGGUCUAAAACCUGCUUCUCCAGGAAGUAAGAUCUCUGUAAUUAGUGGGGGGUGGUGAUGCUUAGCAGAAGAUGCUGUACUGCUUAUGUAUCUGUUCUGACAAAUUAGUGAUUUACCUGUUGAUGCUGCUUCUGAGCAGACUCGUGGUGUUUGUUGUGACACUGAGGGCUUAUACUUCCACAAAAGCAUGUAAUCUUCAGUUCACAUAGUCUUGAGCUACAAGUGUUAAACUGUAUUUAUGUUGUACCUGUUUAGUAGAUGUAAUUAGAGAUUAAAAUGACAAGAAUUAAGAGUCUACAUGGGGCAGGGUCUUUAGGCUACCACCAUCACCGAGUUUGGCGUCUGGUCUUUAGUUAUUGGGAGGCAUCAGUGAAAACACUACAAGUGCCCUUCUCGCGCUGGCCAGCAUAAAGUUCCUAAUUUGUUUUUUAUCACUUCUCUGCUCCGAUCAGUUCUGUAUUGACAGGUCUGUUUAAUUGUGCCUUGAUAUGCUGUGCCUUUGUCACCGUUAGGACAAGAUGCCCAGUGGGCGCCGUUUCCCUUUUGCCCCUUUGCUGUGAUCUUUUUUUCCCCCUCUGCAUCGUGAAAGCAGUGUACAUGUCUGCGGGGGUUUGUCGGUUACUUCAGUUAAUGUAAGCUGAGCUUGACUUUUUGCUGGGAGAGGCGGGAGAAAUAUUGUUAACAAAGAUGUAAUAAUUAGCGCUACUGUGCUCAUGCACAUAAAGUGGGAAACGGAGUAACUGCAGAGCUUGAGGUGGUUCCGUGGGGAAGAUGAGUGACUCUGUAACUCCCACUGGGCUCUCUCGAUGGCCACCCCUGUGAAUUCUUGUUGACACCAGGAGCAGACUUUUUGCUCUCAUCCUGAAUAAAAAAACAUGCUGUUUACUCCUGAGUAAUGAGUGACUUUCUGAAAGCAGAAUGUUGUUUAUUUAUCAGGGUUUUGAGUGCUAAUACUUCUGGUGAGGGGAAAACAAAAUAAUUCCAACCCCCCCAAAAUAAUUCUGUAACCAAUUUAGUAAAAAGCGCGUGUGCAAAAGAUGGCACAAAGAAGGUUU